CCUCUCUCUCCCCUCUGUAUUUAAAGUGUGUUUCGCUGUGCUCGGAGCUCUGAGGAGUAUUUCUGCUCUUCCUCAGCGGGUCCUCGGACUCCUCCCUGCCCGGGGAUUAUCAGACAGCCUGAUCUGAGCGGGGGUCUCCAGCAGGAGGAUGGCGCAGAGCGCAGCGCGGAGGCGCCAUGAGAAGCUGAGCUGACUUGGAUCCACUCGGAGGAGAGCAGGAGGAGCACAAGGACAUGUUCUCGGAGCUGAGCGGCUUCAACCUGACCUCUAACCUCAGCGAGCCUUCCUCCGCUCCGGGUCAGGAAGGGGACGAGGAAUGGAGAGACGCGCCGCUGGAGCGGCUGUCGCGUGGAGGUCACGUGGUGGUGUCGGUGUGCCUCGGCUCCAUCAUGGUGUUCGGCUUCCUCAACAACCUGCUGGUGCUGGUGCUGUUCUGCCGCUUCAAGAGCCUGCGGACGCCCGUCAACAUGAUGCUGCUCAACAUCAGCGUCAGCGACAUGCUGGUGUGCGCGUGCGGCACCACCCUCAGCUUCGCCUCCAGCCUGCAGCGCCGCUGGCUGUACGGCCGCCGUGGCUGCAUGUGGUACGGCUUCGUCAACUCGUGCUUCGGGGUCACGUGGGCCAUGUUUCGUGAAGUGGGUGGAGAUGCAGAUAAAGUGCAGCUGCCUGCUGCAGAUAACAAACCUCUGCCCGAACACGGGACCUCAGGGGACCCACACAUGAGCUCUGGCAUCGUCUCCCUGAUCUCUUUGUCCAUCCUGUCCUACGACCGCUACAGCACUCUGAUGGUGUACAACAAGCGGUCGGCGGACUACAGAAAACCCCUGCUGGCAGUGGGGGGGUCGUGGCUGUAUUCGGUGAUAUGGACAGUGCCCCCCUUAUUGGGCUGGAGUAGUUAUGGCCUGGAGGGGGCGGGGACGAGCUGCUCUGUGUCGUGGACUGAGGAGUCACCUCGCUCACAUUCAUACAUUAUCUGUCUGUUUGUGUUCUGCCUUGGGCUCCCCGUCCUGAUCAUGGUGUAUUGCUACAGCCGCCUGCUCUAUGCUGUCAAACAGGUGGGUCGUAUCAGGCGGACAGCAGCUCGUCGGCGAGAGUUUCACAUUCUGUUCAUGGUCAUCACCACGGUGGUGUGUUACCUGAUCUGCUGGAUGCCAUACGGCAUUGUUGCCAUGAUGGCCACCUUUGGCCGGCCAGGCCUCAUCAGCCCCGUUGCCAGCGUCAUCCCUUCAAUCCUUGCCAAGACCAGCACAGUCAUCAACCCUGUGAUCUACAUCCUCAUGAACAAACAGUUCUACCGCUGCUUCCUGAUCCUGUUCCACUGUAAACACCCACUGACGGAGGAUGUACAGUCCUCCAUGCCCUCCAAGACCACCAUGGUCCAGCUGAACCGGCGCGUGUUGGAUGGCAGCCCCGCCGGGCCAUCUGGUACCAAACCCAUUGUGCAGGACGUGGAAGGAAUCAGCGCUGCAGAAUCUGACAAAACCGACCCCGUAGAGCUGCCGUUGCCACCCCUGCCACUGCCUGAAAUCUCCUCCUCCUGACAGCCCUAAGCACUGACUGUUCACUGAAAAGUGGGGCCAGCAAAUGUCUGUUGUUUGAACCCUUCAACCACCAACAUCUCAGCUCAUACUCACACCCAUACUCAUCACUUCUCAGUUUGUAUGUGUUUCAUUUUUUUGGGAAACGAUGAGGUCAUACCCUAGAUGCCAACCGUAUUCAGCUGCUGUAAUUAUUGAUUUAAUAAUGUGAGCUAAACUAAUCUAACAGAAGAGUUAAAUCCUGUUUUCGGAUUCAACCGUUGAAAUCAGAGGCUCGGUAGAAAUCAGAUUUUGCUUGUUUGCAGCCCUCAGACUUUAAUGACUAAUUUGUGGGUAUUUUUCUAUGGUCUGUGUCCUGUUGGUGUGUUGGGAAUAAAGUGCUGUGCUCUGCUUUGA